CAACGAUGUCAAAUUCGAAGUUCGAAGAGGAAGAGACGUAAAAAAGAAGAAUUAAUUAACCACAAUGUUUGUUUGUAAUUUUUAGUUUAUAAAUUAGAAUAAGAAAAAAAUGCCUUUAAUAGUAAUUACAGGUGUUCCAAGCAGUGGUAAAACUACAAGAAGUCAAGAAUUACGAAAAUUCUUUGAAGAACAAGGUAAAGAAGUUCAUAUUAUUAGUGAAUUAGACCAUAUUGUGAAUGCUGGUUUUGAAAAGAACUCCUUCUAUGACGAUAAAGACAAAGAAAAGCAUAUUAGAGGACUUUUGAAAUCUGAGGUAUUAAAAUUAGUGUCUGCUAAUAAUAUUGUAAUUUUGGAUGCCUUGAAUUACAUAAAAGGAUAUAGAUAUGAACUUUUCUGCGGAACCAAAGCGAAUAAAUGUACUCAGUGUACAGUUCACACUGAAAUAAAUCGAGAAGAGGCUUGGCAGUUUAAUGAAAACCGAACAAAUGAAGCUGAAAAAUACAAUAGAGAAACCUUUGAUGCCCUUGUUAUGAGGUACGAAGAUCCUAAUGGUAACAACAGAUGGGACGCUCCGUUAUUCACUAUUUUUCCUAAUCAAGAUUUGGAUUUAGACAGUAUUUAUGCCAGCUUAUUUAAGAAAAAAGCUCCAAAACCAAACAUGUCUACACAGAAUCCUCCUCUGAAAUCUACUAACUUUUUAUAUGACUUAGAUCAAGUAACUAAAAAAAUUGUAGACGAGUUAGUAAAAGAGAAGAAAAAUGGACAUAAUGGUGUUGUUACUGUGGCUGGAUUUGAUGAUUUAGAAGUUGAUAUAUCUAAUAUGAGUAUACAACAGAUAAUGAACUCUAGACGACAAUACAUCACUUAUUCAAAAAUGCAUGCACCUGAUCCUGAUAGAAUACCUAAAUUAUUUGUUCAGUUCUUAACUACUACUCUUAAAUAAUAUAAUAUGUUUAUAAAGGUGAAAAUUAUACACAAUAUUUAUUGUAAAUAUAAAUUUUAUUUUUUAA